GCAAUAGAAAAUAUUAUAUAUAUGAUAAGGGGUAACUUGUAGUAAUAACGGAUUAUGGGUAAAAUGACUUGUCUUACAAGAACUUCGUUUUGGAUGGCGGCAUUUUCACUAACAUUAAUGCUUAUAGCAUGGUUUAUGCCUCUGUGGCUAGGCAGACGCGAUGAACAGGGAUUCAAGCAUUACUUUGGAUUGUUUUAUCGUAUGUACUGUUCUGAUAACGGAUGUAUGACAUCAGCCGACGUAUUUAGCUCAAAGACUAUUCUGUUGGAUAGUGGAGAGUGGCACUUUGAUAUCGUUGUUAUACCGAUAUUAUCAACAUUAUCUCUAGUUUCAUGUGCCAUUGGAAUAUUGAUUUUAGAAUUUAUCGUCUGCGGCUGUGGAAAAGACUUUUCUCUACGACCACUUAUUGGUGCAUGCAUUUUUCUUUUUAUUUUAUCCGGAAUUCUUGGAGCUAUUGCAGUCUUUCUAUCAAUAGACGUAGCCCGAAUGUACAGCCAUCAAACAUCUACUGAUGCUUCAGAGUUCCCCUGGUCUGUUCUUGUCAUGGCUAUAGCUGUGUUGCUCGUGCUCUGGGCAGGAAUUUCAUACCUUUAUAUAACGUGCAGAUGGGCAAAAUUCCAUGACACUUUGAGAUAUAGAACGUUUUCAAGAGUCGACCAUAACAGGUAUACAAUUGAUAAACGCCAAAUGAGUGACAACACUAACAUACGGCGGUAUAGGAGACAUUUCAAUACAGGUGCUUCAGACAGUCCAGCUCUUUCAAGGUAUGGUGCCUCAACAUUUACAGAUCCUGCAUACGUUCGAAGUUCUGGCUAUAAUUCUUAUAACGGACUCCAUUCAAGCUUUAGCAAUGGAGGAUCAGCAUAUAGAGUGUCAGAUGGCUCAUAUUAUGGUGGUUUUAGAGUGCCAAGAAAAUCCAAAAGUCUUAACAAUCUUGACGAUUUGGAAGAGGACACUACUGGCAACAGACUGUACGGAGAAUCUACAAAACAGAUAUAUAAAAUAUUUUGAGAAAGCAAACAGCAUUAAUUUCUUUAGAUAAGUGGUUCCGAUAUAUAGAAUUAACGUGACAUAUGAAUUCUUUGAAUAUUUUCAACGGUUGACAAGAAUUGUGAUUAUUAAAAGAUAAACGUUUUACUUCAUUAGAAAGACAAAAACAAAAGCAAAAAAAGCAAGAAAAGAAAUAAAGGUCUAAAGUCCAACUGGAAAACCCAUAUUAGAAACUUAUUUGAAGUUAGUUGCAUAGUAACGCAUUCAACAAAGUAUGUUAUGCACAUUAAUUGUUAUACAAGUUAAAGCAUAGCAAAAGUUCCUUCUAGGGCACAUCUAUAUAAAUAUAUAAUGAUCAUCUUGUAAAAUUUUGGUUGCAAAAAAUGUCAAGUAGGUAUUUACGCUAGUUGUUUAACAUAAAUUGUUAAAUCCAACGACAAAUUAAAUCUGUGUCCACUUUCAGUAGAGUAAAUACGGCAAUAAGACUCCGUUAUGAUUCGAUGCCUGAAUUUGUUGCACAUAAUUAGAGGGUCGCAAUGGGGUUUGUUUUCACAUAUUAACCAUGCAUUUGAAGAUAAAGAUAAUAUUUAGUUGUUUACAUGUAAAUGUGCAGAUAUAUGUCUAUCUGUUUGUACAUAUGUUAUGUUCUUCAAAAAUGGAGGAAAUAAAAGAACCAGACAUAGUAAUAUGUAAUCCAUGGACGCGUUCAGUCAGAGAGUCUCCUCAGUUAGGAAAGAAUAGUUUUAACGUCAGAGGUUAUUUCUAAGGUCACGGAGUUUGACUGGCCAGAAUGUAAUGACAACAGCUUUCGAUAUCAGUAGCUCAGUCAAGUGUGACUUACCAAACUGUAAUAUUCCUUCUCAAGAGAAGGAACAAUAAACUGUGCUCAAAAGAUUCGGGCCAAUUAUCUCAGACAGAGAUAUUACCUCUCAUACUUCAUAGUGAACGUAUGAAGAAAAUAAUAUCAUGUUACUUGCCCUCUGACAGACUGUGUUAACCAACUUAUAUACUCUAGUUUUAUUAGUCGCCGGUAGAACAACUAUACUUGAUACGCUUUAGGAUUCUGCCACUGGUUUAGAGAAGUUAUUAAAAUGUGACAACGAAAAAAUGAUAUUGUAAAUAAAAGAAAUAUAAGACAGUUAAUGAAAUGCUUACAUAAAGGAAUUAGGAGCUGAAAACUGAAUAAGAUUUUUAUUAUUUCAAAAGAUAGCAUUUCUAGGACAAUAAGAAAAAUGUAUAAAGAACUUAUCCCUAUCCUAUUCUGCUCUAAAUAAUUAACGACUGCUAGAGAUUUCCAGCGAGCACUGAUUGGCUGAGUCUUUACCUGUGUCUACGUCACGCUGCGUGUAUUUAGAAUAUACUAUUGCAGACGGAAAAUAAAUCUACAUGAGCGCAUGUAAGACAAGGGAAGUAACACAGUCUAAGGGCAUAUUUUGUGACUGUCUCUUGUUUGUAAAAACACUUUUUACUUUAUUGUCAAACUAUGGGCCUUUCAUUAGAAGAUAUAUAAUAUAAUUUGUCGAAAUGUUUUGGUUACAAGAAAUCUUUUGCAUUCAUUAUUUGAAAAUGUGAAAAAAAUAUUUGCCGUCGUAGAUUUCCGUUCCGUGAGGAUGCUGGCGCAUGGGUUUCAGAACGAGGCUUAGCGAGUGUUUUGUAAACAAAGAAAAAAGAUUAAGAUGGUAAGAGGGUUUUGGGGUAACUUUCAUAAAGGAUCCGACAUUUUUCAGCGUUUCAACGGCAUGCAAUGCACCGCAAUAGCAGUUAUAGCUUUAUUAGCCUAUUUUUUACAAUCCAAUCUUCAAAAUAUUAGCUGACAGCUCUCCGGCGACUUGAUGCUCUGCAUCAAAUUUUACUUGUAUACUGAUAUCAUUACUUUUAUAUAUGAUCUUGACAUGUGUAUGUAUAUGUUUAUGUGGAUGAUAAACUAUGUUUAAUUCCAAAAUAUCUAAUAAAUAUUGUCUGUUGUCUAUAAAUUGGACUGAAUUUUGAACAAUACUAUAUUUUUGCUUGUAAUACGACACAAACAUAAAGGUGAUAUAGAAAUUCUAAA